GCUGCACUAGCAUUCUAUUCACGGGCCAGGGGUUUCAUGGAUAACACAAGUGAUUUUAGGGUCCGAAGAGUUCUUGAGGGGUGGGCUAGGGAGGCACCCCCACUCCCAGACUCUCGCCUUCCAGUGUCGGAAGUGGUCCUGCAGAGGAUACUGCCAACCCUGUCAGCGAUAUGCAGCACGCCUUUCGAGACUGUCUUGUUCCAGACAGCUUUCACGGUGGCCUUUUUCGCAGCUACUCGCAUCAGUGAACUCUUGCCUAAAUCCAAGUCGGAUAAAUCUCAAAGGGCCAUUCAGGUUGACAAUAUCACAAUCGGUGAGAAGGGUAUGUCAGUUCGCUUCCGCUGCUCCAAGACAGAUCAGCUCAGAAGGGGGCAAGCUAUAUUCCUGAACAGGGCUCCUUUGGGCCAGAUAUGUCCAGUUGGCUUAUUGGAACGUUAUCUACGGAUGCGUCCCCCGGUGACAGGUUCUUUGUUUGUUCAUGCUUCGGGGGUCCCUUUGACACAGUUUCAAUUCCUGGCUGUUUUCAAAAAGGCAGUCAUGAAGGUGGGUCUGUCACCGGACCAUUUCUCCUCUCAUUCAUUCCGCAUUGGAGCAGCAACGGCGGCGGCCACGCAUGGUUUGCCAUCCGCGAUUGUGCGCAAGGCGUCCUUCCUAUGGUCUGGAUCAUCGGACACAGCAUUGUAUUUUGGGCGGAACGUCAUGCAAUCUUCUCCAGCAGAGGGACCGACCUGGGUUUGUCAGCGGUAGCCACCAUCCGUUGGGCAGGCCGCCGGGGAAUGUUGUGGGGGGCAUUCCUCCCACGUGUGAUUGAGAUGGCAGCGGAAGGAACGCCCCCGGAUGUCAUAUUAAUACACCUGGGGGAGAAUGACUUGGUAAGGAUGCCCGGAUUGCAGCUCGUGGGACGGAUGACAUCAGACCUUCACCAAUUACGACGGCGAUUUCCUCAAGCGACUAUUCUCUGGACGAGGCUGCUACCUAGACGGGCAUGGCCGGGUGCUCGGAGUGAAUCUGCAAUCAAUGCAGCAAGGCGACAUGUUAACCGGGAUAUAACACGGAACUUGGCUUGGAUAGGGGGGCGGGCAGUUUCACACCGAGACAUACGGGUCGAACUGCCUGAUUUGUUCAGGGGUGAUGGUGUCCAUCUGUCCCCUCGCGGAUGUGACCUUUACCUGGAUGAGAUGUCCAGGGCCAUUGGGGGUUCCAUAAGUGAUAGGGCUGGUGGGGGGAGGGGUGGCCAAGCUGGGCUGGCCCCCUCCUGUGGCGGUAAUGGUCAGCCCUGUCACUAAUGGAGGGCAGAUUUAUGUGUGACAGGCAUACAACAGAAGGACAGAAAAAUGAUUUAUGGGGGUAAUAAAAUAAUUAACGGUUUGACAAAUGAUUUAUGAGCUUGUCAAAGAUAAUUUAUGAGGGUAAUUAUCUUUGAUUUAUGGGCUAAAUUUUGAUGGAUUGCGAUUAUGAUUUAUGAUAGAUUUAUGGUUAAUUAUGAGUGAUUUAUGGAUUAUUUCUUGAUUGAUUUAUGACCUGGAUUUGGCUUGCCUACUCUGUGCCUGUCACACAUGUAAUUAAUUUCCUAUGCAAUAAAGUUGUGGCCUAAUUUUAACCCAA